AUGCAAGAGAUGUGCUUUGUUAUGUUAAGUUGCAGUGUCGUUUAUUUAUUGGAUACUCAACUCCCUAUGCAAUUAUCACGCUUCAAAAAACGUACAAGUUUUAAUUUUAAAAUUCAAUUUUCCACAUCAGUGAGUAUCUGGGAAGGUUCACAGACUGUGAGAUGCAGAAUUUGUGUCUUAUUGAGAAGCAGCGGCUGUGAUAUUGCACCAAGAAGAAACAAGAAGGAAAAUUGUUUUCAAAGUUUGUUGCUUGGCGUAGAGGGAACGGUCGGGAGUAGAUCCCGCUAUGAAUUUAGUUUUCAUAUGUAA